GCCGCUGCUGCUGCUGCUAGUCUCCGUGAUCUGACUCCUCAACGACACGCAUUUUACCAACGAAAAAUAAAGACAAAGAAACAAACUACAGCACCUCCAUUAAUUUACUGAGAGAAAAAGACAUUUGUAACCGAGCAACCGAAAUAAACCAGAGGGAGGGGGCCUUCAGCUCAGAGUAUUCUUUUAUUUCUUUUUUGAAAAGCCAAAAUGAAAACCAAAUUUAUCAACGGGGUUUCUUCAUCCCCCUCCAUGUCGCUGGGUCUGCUGGUGACCGAGAACGCCUUGCAGGUCCAGCCCGACACUCAGGAGGACUGUAAGGAUCUGGUCUGCCCCGACCGGCCCGACCUGGACACCCAACGCAAAGCUUAUCUGUGGUGCAGAGAGUUCCUCCACGGAGCCUGGAAAAGCCUGGCUGAGGACGAUUUCCAUAUCACCAUCAUAAGGGGUGGUCUGAGCAACAAGCUCUUCCUGUGCAGCCUCCCUGACAGCCUGGACACUGUUGGGGACGAGCCAAGGAGCAUCCUGCUGCGCCUCUAUGGGGCCAUCCUGCAGAUGUCCUGUAAUAAAGGGGAUUCCCGACAGUCAAACAAAGAAAAUCACUUCCAAGGCGCAGAGGCCAUGGUGCUGGAGAGUGUGAUGUUUGCGAUCUUGGCGGAGAGGGAGUUGGGCCCGAAACUCUAUGGCAUUUUCCCUCAGGGCCGUCUGGAGCAGUACGUCCCCAGCCGUAAACUGGACACCUGUGAGUUAAGCGACCCCAGCAUCUCGGCCGAGGUUGCAGAGAAGAUGGCCAGGUUUCACGGAAUGAGGAUGCCCUUCAACAAGGAGCCAAAGUGGCUGUUUGGGACCAUGGACAAGUACCUGAGCCAAGUCAUGAGGCUGAAUUUCACCAGAGAGUCCCACCUGCGUCGCUUCAACCGCCUGCUCAGCUACAACCUGCCACAGGAAAUGGAUCUGCUCAAGUCUCUACUGGAUUCCACUCACUCUCCUGUGGUGUUCUGCCACAAUGACUGUCAAGAAGGGAACGUCCUGCUGCUGAAUGAUCGCCAGACCUCAGACAAACAGAAGCUGAUGCUCAUUGACUUCGAGUACAGCAGCUACAAUUACAGGGGAUUUGAUAUUGGCAACCAUUUCUGUGAGUGGAUGUACGACUACAACUGUGAUGAGUUUCCUUUCUUCAGAGUCAGCGCUCAGAACUACCCUUCAAAGGCCCAGCAGCUCCACUUCAUUGAAAGCUACCUGCGCGAGUCUGACAGAGGGUUCGACAACCUGAGCGAAGAGGACCAAAUGAAACUGAAGGAGGAGAUGUAUAUUGAAGUCAACAGGUUCUCCCUGGCAUCCCACUUCUUUUGGGGCUUGUGGUCCAUCAUCCAGGCCCGGCUCUCCACCAUCAAGUUCGGAUACCUGGAGUACGCCCAGGCCAGAUUUGAUGCCUACUUCCAGCAGAAGAAGAUCUGGGCUGUGUAAUGCGAGUGAGAUGAUUUGGAUGGAUUGACAACACGUUCAGCCGAACGGCGGGAGGAGGACAUACGGACUGAUAAAGAUUCCACCAUCCACGCUUUACUCACACCCCCCUGCCUCGAGAGGAUUUGCUGGCUAGUGUUGGUGUUGCGCUUUACCAAAGCCAAAACUUGAUCACGUGGCUAGGAUGCUUAAAGUACGCUCCACAAUCCAUAGCAGCUCGAAGUUUACACUGUGUAACUCCCUCAGAGCCAAAAAAAAAAAA